AUGAAGCUCCACUACUUUUCCUUGUUCAUUCUUUUGGUCAUCUUGGAGGUGAGAACCAUUUAUGGUCUCUCUACACAAGAAAAUGUGCUAAAGAAAUCAUUGAAGUCCUUACCCCCUGAAGCCUUGUUGUCCAUUAGUUACUAUCAGAAAACAUGCCCUGAUGCUGAAGGCAUUAUCUCACAAAAGGUUGCUGCUUGGGUUAAGAUGGACCCCACCUUGGCCCCUUCCAUCAUCCGCCUGCAUUUUCAUGAUUGUGCCAUUAGAGGAUGUGAUGGAUCAAUUUUGCUUAACCAUACAGGGAGUGAAAGGAAAGCUUUUGAGAGCAGAACCCUAAGAGGUUUCCAAUUGAUUGAUGAUAUAAAAGCUGAGCUAGAGAGGAGAUGUCCAAGAACAGUUUCUUGUGCUGACAUUCUCACUGCUGCUGCAAGAGAUGCAACCAUUUUAGCUGGAGGACCCUUUUGGGAAGUCCCAUUUGGCAGAAAAGAUGGAAAGAUUUCCUUAGCCACAGAAGCCAUGUUGGUUCCACAUGGCCAUGAAAACAUUACAACUCUUAUUGAAUUUUUUCAAGAAAGAGGGCUAAACAUGCUUGAUUUGGUUACUCUCUCAGGUUCACACACAAUUGGUAGGAGCACUUGCUAUUCUUUUAUGGACAGGCUUUACAACUUCAAUGGGACUGGAAAACCUGAUCCCUCACUCAACAUCUUUUACUUGAACUUGUUGAGGAAAAGAUGUAAAGGUGUGUUGGAUUUGGUGUACCUUGAUGUUAUAACCCCAAGGACUUUUGACACAACCUAUUACACAAACCUUAUGAGGAAAGUUGGGUUGCUGUCAACAGAUCAAUCACUGUUUUCAGAUGCAAGGACUUCUCCAUUUGUUGAAGCAUUUGCAACACAACCUUUCCUUUUUACUAGUCAGUUUGCAGUGUCAAUGGUGAACCUUGGGAAUGUUCAAGUUCUGACUAGGCCUAAUGAAGGUGAAAUCAGAGUGAACUGCAAUUAUGUCAAUUCUGUGUAA